CAACGCUUGCCAAGUCUUUAAGGGUUCAGUACGCAUGCGCGUACUUCCUCUUUUUCCAGCUGGAAUCAUGGCGGGCGCAGAAGAAAAGAAGAAGAAGGUGCCAUCUGCUCCAGAAUCCCUUCUGAAAAAGCGAAAGGCUUUUGCAAUUCUGAAGGCCAAACGCCUGAAGAAGAAAGUGGCUAUAAAAAAGCUACGUAAAAUACGGAGAAAAGUUAUCUAUGAAAAAGCUAAAGCUUACCACAAGGAGUACAGACAGAUGUACAGGAGUGAAAUCCGGCUGGCUAGAAUGGCACGCAAAGCUGGAAACUACUAUGUACCUGCUGAACCCAAGUUAGCUUUUGUGAUCAGAAUCAGAGGUAUCAAUGGUGUUAGCCCAAAGGUCCGAAAAGUGUUGCAGCUUCUUCGCCUUCGACAAAUCUUCAACGGCACCUUUGUUAAGCUUAACAAGGCUUCAAUUAACAUGCUGAGAAUUGUGGAGCCAUACAUUGCAUGGGGUUAUCCAAACCUGAAAUCGGUGAAUGACUUGAUUUACAAACGUGGCUAUGGCAAAAUCAAGAAACAGAGAAUUGCUCUGACUGAUAAUGCCCUUAUUGCAAAAUCUCUAGGUAAAUACGGAAUUAUCUGCAUGGAGGACUUGAUUCAUGAGAUAUACACUGUUGGCAAGCACUUCAAAGCUGCCAAUAACUUCUUGUGGCCCUUCAAAUUAUCUUCUCCUCGGGGUGGAAUGAAGAAAAAGACUACUCAUUUUGUGGAAGGUGGAGAUGCUGGUAACAGGGAAGACCAGAUCAACAGGCUUAUUAGAAGAAUGAACUAAAGGUCGUUACCAUGAUUGUUUUUCUAAUGGUCUGUUAAUAAAAAUGGCUGUGAUGAAAUCGA